CAUGGUUUCAACUUCAACACAACAGAAUCGCAAAGUAUUUAUUUUUUCUUUGUAUGUUUAAAACAAUGUUGAGUGCAUUAAAACUAGAAUUCAGCAAUAACUAUAUCAAUUUGCGCUAUCUUGUUCAAUAUAAUUUGCAUUUGUUAGGUCACAAUCAAAUAACACUUGUGACGUUGUGAUGAAUUUACAUCGUUUUGGUACAUUGUAAACGAGCAAAAAAGCAGUCACAGCUUAAUUUGAAUGCAAGUAUCUUUAAAAUAUGGAAUAUCCCGUAUUUCACACCAAGAGAAUGGUUCAAAACGUGCCAAAAAUCAUAAAGGUUGUUAAUUUAAAGCGAUUCUUGCCAGAAGCUCCACUAGAGGUAACACCUAAAUUAAAAAGAACUUGGCAUAAGCCGGUUUUACAUACUUCAUCAAAUAUUGAUGCAAGUAAGGACAAGGUUCAUGUCCAAAACUGUGUGGUUGAAAUAGACAAAGUCUCAGAAAAUCAGGAUGCAUUAGACAAUACAAGUGACACACAAAAUUACUUAGACUUUAAUGAAAAAGUAGUGCUAAGCAACGGAAGGAAAAUCAAGUUUAGAAAAUGCUCGCAUACCCAUGAAGAAUUAUCUCGGCUUCACGAAUGUACUGAUGACAAGUUAAUGCAAGUUGGGGAUGUGUUUGAUUCUCGGGAAUCCUUUAAGCAGUAUCUAAAUGAUAAUGCCAAGAGAUGGCACUACUACUAUGUAUGCCGAAAUAGCAAGAAAACGUUUAUUGAGUACAACUGCAUUUGUAUGGCAUAUAACAUUAAGGAGAGAGAAGUGGUGAUAAGAAAACAGAAGAAGCGGACAACCGCCUGCCCUUGCAAAGUACGGCUGGCGAUCAACCAAGCGAACAAAGUGAUUGUGUACUACGUGUGCAAUCACCACGACCACCCCACGACCGCCAGCGAGUUCUACCACUACCCCCAUGCUAAAUACCUGCCUCAACUUCUUAAAGAGGAGUUCCUGGAUUUGACGUACCUCGGUUUGGACGUGGACCUGAUACAGAAGUACAUCCACUCCGUUGUCGGUCUUACCUUAAAGAAGAAAGACAUCUGGUCCUACGCUUAUAGGUUUAAAAGGAAAAUAUUCAAUAGAAGUAUAAGUGAAGAACGGCAGAUAUAUAUGAAAGGUUUAAUUGCAAAAAUCCGUGACACCUACGAUCCGCCAUUAGAAACUAUUAAGCAACACGGAUCGCCAAACGAACAUACCGAAGUCGUUCUUUCCAUCAAAGAAGUUGAAGGGAAAACAGCUAAUCCCAUGCUAGAGACGUUGACCGCCGAUCUAACCCUAAACUAUAGCACAGACUUGCUCAACCAAGUUCUCGGAAAUACCACAGACAACACACAAGUCCAGUACCUAACGGAAGAAGGCAUAUUAUGUGACGAAAACGGUACACAAGUUACCAACAGUUCUGCUAUAAUGCAAUUUAUUAACAAUUACGCGUAUGUACCUGUUCAAGACUUGCAGCAAACUGUGUUCAGUGAAAUCAGUCAUGAACAGGACCCUUUUGACUUGGUGCGAGAUGAUAAUACGGUGAUUUACGAAAGUGAACCUUAUAUGAAAGAGACGGGUGGUGCAGUUUUGAAUGACGUCUCUGAAUUAUUAGAUGGCAAUAUUAGUUUAGAGAGCUCAAAGCAAGAUGAGGCAGUGACAUGCGAUAGUCAUGAAAAGAGGUUGUCGCCUACCCCCGACACUCCGGCUGUGUACGCACAAAUGGAUAAUUUUAAGAAGUAUUAUUACGUUGAUCAUCGGUAUAUUCCAUAUGAAGACCAGAAAAUAAAGGAAAAUAAUGUUGUUAAGCACAAAGCAGAUUCUUAUAGUGGCACCAAGCCGUCGGGCCUGUCUCGCGAGGAAUUCAUAAAAGCCCCCGAUUUCGUCUACCACCCGACGCCAAUCCGCCACUGCUCCGGGCACGAGCACCUGACCCUACUCACCGACACUGACGCCAUCUUGCCCGGAGCUCGGUUCCUCACGCACGACGUUUUCCUCACGUACAUAAACGAGCGGGCCAAUCGCUGGUUCUUCUAUUACUCGCUAAUGGAGAGCGGCAAGGCCCCGGAGCAUUAUGUGUAUAAAUGCGUGUACGGGAAGACUAGAGUGUCAAAGAACGCUUAUCGCGCCAAGGGAUUGAGAAAAAGAAACAAGCUGACCACGCAAUGUCCCUGCCAGAUCCGUCUUAGGCGGUUAGAAGCUGACCCGACGUACCUCACCGUAUUAUACUCGUGCAAUCAUCACGACCACAAGUUGGACUCGACACAGUUUACCGCGCAACCGCACAGUCGCAGGCUCUCGUCUGUCAUUAAGGAGGAGGUGAAAGAUCUGAUAACACUCGGCGUGGGCGCGGACGUGCUCCGCAAAUACGUGUUCGCCGAAACUGGAGUACGGGUGUACGGAAAGUACUUCCACAACGUGCGGACCGGGAUGAAGGCCCGCGGCGAGCAGAGACAUUAUAGCGAGGAGCGAAUCGAAGCGCUCACUAAGAAGAUCAGAGAUUUGGAAGCGAUAUAUGGGAAUGCAGUUAAAGUAAACCCACAAGCACAACAGAGGAAACUGCCUAACGUACUAAAUCAAAAUAAAGGAUGCAUCACGCAGGCGAGCCAGGAUGAAACUGUAACUCAAACUCAAGAAUAUUGUGAGCUUUCGGACAGAGAUGAUUUUGCCGAGGAAGUCUACAUCAUGCAAGCUGAUACUCUACCUCUGGAAGACACAGCGAAGCAGAGUAGACUUGAGACGCGACUGCAGAACCUGUCGUACCAGGACAUAGUGAACACGGUGAUGCAAUUGCAGGACUCGGUGCGGUGUGAUGGUGCACGGAACGACGUGCGUGUUGCCGAUAUGAGUGAUUUAGAUAAUAUUGGAUAGGGACAGGCCAGAUCAAGAAUCGGCCAAAUUUUAUUUUGUUUUCGAUUUUUCUCCGUCAGAUUUCUAUAAAAUUUGGUGGAUCGAUAGACUUCUCUAUUCUGUACAUACCUAUCAAACGCAAUUCACCGUAUGUCCUAAAAAAUCUUCCGUUGAGUUACCUACGAAAAUAACAUACGUUUACGUAACUCAGUGAAGAUUUUUUAUUGAAAUGAAUUGGACGAUGUGUACCUAUUAUUAUGCAACGAGGUCAGGAUUUUUAUAAAUUAUACUGAAGUUACUAAAUUAUGA